AUUCGGUGCACCUUCACCUCUCUCUCACAUACUCCCCUCAACUGCGGGUCACUUUAAGAUCAACCUUCGCCCCACUCUUUUCUCUCACUCGUUACCUUCUCUCCGUAAAACGAACAAACACACACGCCUUUCUCUCUCUGUAUUUUCUUUUCUUUCUCUGUUUUUACUUUCUCUCUCUACAUUUUCGUCUUAUGAGCCCUAACUCGCGGACCCAUCGUCGUCGCUAGCUAUGUCGCUGAGAAAGGUCUUUCGCUCCCGCAAGUUCUCGAGAUCGUUCAAGGAGGCGCCGGCGGUGGGGACCGUCGAGGGCGGGGUAACCGGAAACGGGCUUGAAAACGCGCACGAAGAUGGGUGGUCGAAUAUGCUGCCGGAGAUCCUCUGCGAGAUCGUGCGCCGCGUCGACGCCGCCGACGAGCAGUGGCCAAACCGCCAGAACGUAGUGUCGUGCGCUUGCGUGUGCAAGCGCUGGCGCGACAUCACGCGUGAGGUCGUGCGUGAGCCUUUGCACACCGGAAAAAUCACUUUCCCUUCGUGUCUUAAACAGCCCGGACCACGUGAGGUUCCCCACCAGUGUCUUAUAAAGCGGAACAAGAAAACCUCAACGUUUUAUCUAUAUCUUGCUCUAACACCAUCAUUCACAGAUAAAGGGAAGUUUCUGCUUGCAGCUAGGAGAUAUAGGUGUGGUACCCAUACCGAGUAUAUAAUUUCUCUCGAUGCUGAUGAUUUAUCGCAAGGAAGCAAUGCUUAUGUUGGAAAAUUAAGCUCGGAUUUUCUUGGCACGAACUUCACAAUUUAUGACAGCCAGCCACCCCAUAGUGGUGCAAAACCAUCAAGUGGCAGGGCCAGUCGGCGGUUUGCCAGCAAGCAGAUAAGCCCCCAGGUCCCUGCUGGUAACUUUGAGGUGGGGCAGGUGUCCUACAAGUUCAACCUGUUGAAAUCAAGAGGGCCAAGGAGAAUGGUUUGCUCUUUGAAGUCUCCCAUGACUCCUGUGAAACCUACAGGUGAAACUUCAGAUAGCACAUCUCUUGAUGGCCACAAGAUGCACGAUAAAGAACACUUUGCUUCGGGCCACACAAUCUUGAAGAAUAAAGCUCCCAGGUGGCAUGAGCAUUUGCAAUGCUGGUGCUUGAAUUUCCAUGGUCGUGUGACAGUGGCCUCGGUGAAAAACUUUCAGCUGGUUGCAACAGUGGACCAAAGCCAACCAGGAGGGAAAGGGGAUGAGGAAACAGUUCUUCUCCAGUUUGGUAAAGUAGGGGAUGAUACUUUCACCAUGGAUUAUAGGCAGCCCUUAUCUGCUUUCCAGGCUUUUGCUAUUUGCUUAACUAGCUUUGGCACUAAACUUGCUUGUGAGUAAUAUAAUUUUGGUGUCACUGCUUAUUUAUUCAGUGGAAAUGAAUGUUGGUUGGAAGUGAAUAGUUAUUUUUUACUCGGCUUUCAGUCUACAAAUUUGAUUGCAGGAAGCUUGUUGUUGUAAAUGUUAUAUCAUCAAUAGGACAUGACAUCUUCCAUAAUCAAUAUAUUACCCUAUUCACGCCUA